UGCAGCUCGACAGCGCCAGAGAGACCAUCUUGACCUGCGCAGACCGCCGUGCCCGCAGCCGAGCCAGUCACUCGAGUCUAUCACACCAUCGUGCAACCGCCUUCUUUCUACACCCUGAGCCUCUCCUUCAGCUAUGAAUGUUUUGCAGUUUUAGCUAGCCAGCUGUUGUUUUCAUUAUUUAUCCAUCCCCAGUGCGCGAAGACGCGUGCCUCCCGAGAACAAUGUCGAAUCCAUUCCAGUUCGGUAAACCCGCGACGACCAGCGGCGAGUCGACCGCUCCCAGCACUUCUCCCUUCGGCCAAAACGCUUCCGGUUCUUCUGGAGCAAGUGGGAUUUUUGGCCACAUUGGUUCAGCUUUGACGACUGGGCCAGCCCAACCACCCAUGUUUGGAGGAGCUGCUACUACUCAACCUAGCUCUCUCUUUGGACAGGGCUCGUCGAGCUCCCCGGCCUUCUCAUUAAAACCAGCGGAUCAGAAACAGCCGUCAGCUCCUAUUUUUGGAGCCACCCCCAACAAGCCUGCCGAGUCUGGGCAGCAACAAGGUGGAAACCUGUUUGGAGAGGUUGGCAAACAGAGCUCUGCCCCUUCAAUGUUAGGUAGCGCCACUCCUGCUCCCGCGAGUGGAGGAUUGUUUGGGAGUCUAUCGACCACUCCGGCCGGUCCACCUCCCACUUCUACCGGACAGCCUGCCUUCGGCCAAGCUCCUCAAAGCGCCGCCGGAGCAUCUACUCUCUUUGGCGCCAAAUCUGCCACGCCUUCAACAACAACAGCGUCGACACAGCCAACUGCCGCUGCCGGCGGAGGAUUAUUCGGCGGAGCCGCUAAGAGUGAUUCCACUCCAGCAUUCGGCUCGGGAGGGCUUUUUGGGAACAUUGGUGGUGAUAAGCAAGCUGCGACGAAUCAAGCAGUAAAAGGAGAUGGGAAACCAAAUUUAUUUGCUGGCCCCGCGUCAACACCGACCACUACCACGCAGGCGACCGGAUCUUUGUUCUCGACUCCCGCAACGUCAGCGGAGAAACCCGCACCACCAGCCUUUAGUUUCCCAUCCGCUACUACGUCGUCAGGUACACCAACCACUACUACCACUCCCACGGCCCCCGCGACCGGAGGACUAUUUGGCGCACUCGGCACCCCGAAAACCUCUGCCCCAACCGAUGCGUCGAAGACAGCCAUCACACAAGCACCUCCCCCUUCUCUAUUUUCACUCACUAAGCCUUCGGAAACUACAUCGGCUGCACCCACACUAGGAACUACCGCUACAACUCCUGCAACCACCUCCGGCGCUACGACUACAGCCACUACAACUGCAACUUCUGCCCCCACAACUGGUGCCCCAACCACUACAGCUCCAGCUACUACCACUGCAGGCGCUACCACUCUAGGCGCAUCCACAGUCGGCCCUGCGCCCCCCGCACAGUCCCGUCUAAAGAAUAAGACCAUGGAUGAAAUCAUCACACGUUGGGCAACAGAUCUGGCGAAAUAUCAAAAGCAAUUUCAAGAGCAAGCCGAACAAGUUGCGGACUGGGACCGCAUGUUGGUAGAAAACAUCACUAGAGCACAAAAAUUGUACGCAAGCACAGUCGAUGCAGACCGGGCUACACAGGAAGUUGAACGGCAGUUGGCAGCUGUUGAAGGUCAGCAGGACGAGUUGAGCUCCUGGCUCGAUAGAUAUGAGCAGGAGGUUGAGGCAUUGCUAUCCAAGCAAGUCGGUGCUGGAGAUACACUGCAGGGACCAGAUCAGGAGCGUGAGAGGACCUACAAACUCGCCGAACGUCUCUCUGAGCGUCUCAAUGACAUGGGUCAAGACCUUACCAGUAUGAUCGAAGAGGUCAACUCUGCAUCCGCAAAUUUAAGCAAGACCACGAAGGCAGAUGAACCUAUCUCCCAAAUCGUUCGCAUCCUCAAUUCACAUCUCUCCCAACUUCAGCUCAUCGACCAAGGAACCGCAGCUCUGCGUGCAAAAAUAAACACUGCCCAGAUGGCCGGCAGCUCAUUCAAUGGGCUCCAGAGCCAAUAUGGUGGGUAUCGAAGUGGAACGCCUGGGAGCGUAAGUGGAAGUGCUGCCGAGGACUUUUACCGAGCGUACAUGGGCCGGCGGUAA